AUGCAGUGGUGUCUCCUCCUGAUCUGGGCCCAGGGACUGAAUCAGGCUGCCCUCACUUCAGGAGCUAUAACAGGCACCGUAGUAACAACGGGGAAUGUCUCUGUAGAGGAAGGUGGCUCUGUCGUCUUGCAAUGCCACCUCUCCUCCACCACGGCGGCAGUGACUCAGGUCAACUGGGAGCAGCAGGACCGAUUUCUGGCUGUUCGUCAUGCUGAGCUUGGGUGGUACAUUGACCCAGCCUUCAAGGACCGAGUGGCCCCAGGCCCCAGCCUGGGCCUCACCUUCCAGCGGCUCACCAUCAAUGACACUGGGGAGUACUUCUGCACCUAUCACACCUACCCUGAUGGGAUCUACACAGGAAGAAUCUUUCUGCAGGUCCUCAGAAGCUCAGUGACUGAACACAGCCCCAGGAUCCAGAUUCUGUUGGUUGGAGCCUUGGCCAUAGUGCUGGUGGUCACCUGCAUAGCAGUCAUCGGGGUGGUGGCCUUGGCUAGAAAGAAGAAAUCUCUCAGAAUCUGUUCUCUGGAAAGUGGCCUCAGGAGGACGCCAGCUGAGCAGGAGCAAUGGAGUGCCAGCGUCCCGCCAUCCCCUGGAAGCUGUGUCCAGGCAGAAGCUGGCCCUGCUGAGCUCUGCAGGGAGCAGAGGGGAGACGACUGUGUUGAGCCACACGACUACUUUAAUGUCCUAAGUUACAGAAGCCUGGGGAGCUUCAGCUUCCUGUCAGAGACUGCUUAGCAACCAGAGGCAUCUUCUGGAAGCUUCGUUGGCACCUUUGCUGUUACAGAUGGAU